AUUUAGGAUAUAAUUUAACUAAUAGGUAAGCCAACUGAGAACAGAUUCUCAUUUUUUUAUUUAAACCUGACAAAAUGCAUUCAAUAGCAAGAGGACUGGACAACACACACCAAACCACAUUCAUAAUUAAAAUAUAAUUACAAAUGAACAAACACAAAGCAUUAUUGGCAGGGGAAAGUAUCAUCAUAAUCAAAUUACACUGAAUACAGCAAAACACAGAUUUUAUUAUUAAUCAGACAGCUGGAAGGACGGAGUUUUGAUAAAAGUGACAAUUUAGGGGUAUUUUGCAAUUUGUUCCAGUCCAUGGUAGUGGACUGAAAUUAAUAAGGGCCAAAUGAAGUGUGGGGGUUAUGAGUGACUAGUAUGUGAGAUAUCUACUGUACCGGAGCCCAGGUUAAUAGGAAGAGCAGAUGUUCAGGAGUGAGCAGAGGUAGAGGGGGGCAAAAGGGAUAAGUGGAUGCUGGUGACAAAGUGCACGGCAGUGUAGUAAAACACAUGAAUAAUACAUAUGUUCGGGAACAUUUAGUGGAAUAACUGUCCAUUGACAUACUCAAGAAUUGGCUGGAUGUUACUGUUCACAAGAAACCAAAUUUAGAUUGAACUGGAGGCUGGACUUGACUGAUGAUAUUGGUAUUGAAUAAGAGUGCACAAUCCAGGCAUGUGAGGGUGUUGCUCUAAACUGGAUAGCAUAGUCAGUACAAAGACAGAUUAGAAGGUUUGCAGCAGUUAGCCCAAUUCUUUGUAAUUAGGUUUAAAUGGCAGAAAGAUCCAGAUCAUGGCCAGCUGAUAGAAGGUCUAGAUUUUGCAGCGCUUCUGUACCUUGCUCACCAGUUUUGCUACAACAGAGGUAACAACACUAGGUAACAUAUAACAUCUGUUACAACGCAACUCACAAUGAAUUAUUAAAAAACAGUAACUGCCUCAGUGCAGAUUCGCUUUAGUAUCAAGACAGUUAUGUUCGGCUGUAGUUCUGUUUGGCUAACACAAAUAGGUCAAUGGCUAUCAUGCUGACAAUUUCUCACAGCUUUUUUAUUAGCUUAUGAAGUGCAAAUUUGAGGAUCUGUUCCAUCAGAUCUUCUUUGAAUUUGUGCCAAAUCUUACAUUGGAGGAAAUACAGUUCCAAAAUUCCUCCUCAAACUUGUCCAGAUUGUUUAAAGAACAACAGAUUAUGAUGUAAUUCUUCAGAGAAGUAAGAGCUGAACAAAGAGUGAUAUUUGUCUGAGUGUCUGUUGGGUUGAGAGAUCCAACAGAGACAACGUUUUGAUGGACACUUUGCCCCAGCAAGGGCCAAAGGUCAUUUCUGAGACUUUGUCUGUCUCUUUGGGAGUGAGGAAGAUUAUGGUGAAGAAGCUUUGUAGCAACCUGCUGGUUAUGUUACGUGCACAUGUACUUAUUACUCAUUGUAUCUUGCCAGUCCACCUUUCUACCAAUCAGAAGAAUCCUUGAGAUGUUUUGGAGCCCAGCAGUCUCGUGGUUGGUGGACAGGUUCAGGGGUUGUGCCGCUUCCAUUGUUUUGUCUUUUUUAUGUAUGGGAACAAAGAGAUACCUUGCUAUCCAUGUCUGUGAUUUCCGCAUUAUCUUAUACUCGACGAAUGCCAUGGCCACACAGCAGUUAAUCAACAUUAUUUUGAAGAAUUACACCAUUUGAUUGGAGAACUCCAGUCGCUAUUCUAAUAUUCCUCCUCAGCAUUUAUUAUAUGAUCUAUUGAGGUUAUAACAAUCACUGCUUAAACUGAUAAUUCUUCGGCACUGGUUACAGAAACAGCUGCAUAAUGGCCGACUCUUUUGUCAAUUUUAGACAGUUGAGCAGAGGAUGUACAGUGAUUCUAGUUUUCGCCAUUAUUAACAUCCUAGGGUGUUUGUUUUAUUCUAUGGGUUAUUCUAAUUGGUUAGUACUAAACAAAGAAAUAAAUCCAAAACCAGGAAAUCAAACAUUGGGAAUUCUGAACCUCCUGAGUGCAGAGGACAUGCAGACACCAGCUACUACAACUUUGGGGAGAACGUUUGAAAAAUGUCCUGAUGAGCCACCACACCUGGUGGGGCCUCUGAGGGUUGAGUUAUCCACACCUGUCAGCUUGGACACAGUGAGGAAGGAGAACCCACAUCUGCAGGUCGGAGGUCACUACAAGCCAAACGACUGCAUCGCCCUUCAGAAGGUUGCGGUCAUCAUUCCCUUCCGCUAUCGCGAGGAGCACCUCCAGUUCUGGCUCCACUACCUCCACCCGAUCCUUCAGCGUCAACAGCUGGACUAUGGCGUCUAUGUCAUCCAACAGCAUGGAGAGAACACAUUCAACAGGGCCAAGCUGAUGAAUAUCGGCUACAAUGAGGCCCUCAAAGAGUACGACUACGACUGCUUUGUGUUCAGUGAUGUGGACCUCAUCCCCAUGGACGACCGGAACACCUACCGAUGCUUCAGCCAGCCCAGACACCUGUCUGUGUCCAUGGACAAGUUUGGCUUCAGGUUGCCAUACAAUCAAUACUUUGGUGGUGUCUCAUCACUGAGUAAGGAGCAGUUCCUGAAAAUCAACGGUUUUCCCAACAACUACUGGGGCUGGGGAGGUGAAGAUGAUGACAUGUAUAACAGGGUGAGUUUCAGAGGAAUGUCCAUCUCUCGUCCGGAUGGCCAGGUUGGAAAAUACCAGAUGAUUCGACAUGAAAGAGACAGACUGAACCAACCCAAUCCCCAAAGGUUUGAUAGAAUACAACGCACAAGACAGACGAUGGAUACAGAUGGUAUUAACUCACUGAAGUACGAAGUCGUCAAAGUGGAAAAGAAUGCUCUGUUCACCAAUAUCACAGUAGAAGUGGGGUUAUCUUAGUGUUUUUAAGAUAUUUAUUAAACACACAUAUACAGUAGCUAAAAGAAAAACAUACAGGGAACAAUACAGAAAUGAAGUGUACAUUUUAAUUGAUUCUUUUUUCUUCAUACAAAACCAAAAUAAUUGUUGGGAAGCCUGAAAAGAAGAAAACGGAAAAGGAAAUUAAACGUUUGGUUGCAACAGCACUUGAGUUACUACCGGUCGUUACUUUGAUUAUUAUUUUUAUUUUUUAAAUGUAAUUUCAUUAUUUCCUACAUGCAACAUUGAUGGUACAAUUAAGGUUUUAUUUGGAAGACUUUUUUAUUGAAAGUAUGAAUUGCAGCAACUCCCUGAAGAGAAGUUUUCCUUCCUAAUCACAGUAUUUAAGAGUGUGUGCAGAUUUCUUACUGUACGCAGUAUGCAUGCUUAUUUUUUGUUGCACAUUAUUUGCAUUUAAUAUUUUAUAAAAGGGAGAAAUACUUGAAUGAAAAAUGUAAUAUCAGUUUUAUAAAAAUGUAUAUAAAUAUGUAUAGUUAAAGGGGCGUAUAGAUUACUAGAAUACUGCCUAACGUUAACAAGACGGAAUUUAAACAAUAACAUGACUGGUCUUUUCCUCAUCUUCCCAUACAGAGCGAGACCGGAAAAGCAUUAACUAGUCCAGGUUGGUUUAGGUUGAGGGACUAGUACUCAGUGUCUAGGAGAGUGUGAGGGGACAACAAGUUAAUUUAAACAGAUAGACGGACCCGGCAAGAAAGUUAAAACGGGGAAUAUCACAGGCAGUGUGAAACAUUUUUGUUUUCAGGGAUUUUGGCCCACUCCUCCAUACAGACCUUCUCCAGAUCCU